GAUCUUAUCCUUAUCUCUUCUUUUUUGACAAAAGACAAGCAAAUGGAGAUACUUUCUCAACGACCAUCGUCUUUCUCAACUUUGAAUCCCAACGCUCCGAUGUUCGUUCCUUUGGUGUAUCGGACGGUCGAAGAUUUCUCUGAUCAAUGGUGGGCCCUAGUCCAAUCCUCCCCGUGUUUCCGCGAAUACUGGCUUCAAGAACGUUUCCACGAUCCCCUGAACGGCGAAAUCAACGACGAUGAUCUUGUUUUCCCCGACGAUCUCGAGGCGAUGUUCGGCGAAUACGACGACGUUUUCGUCGACCCUAGCCAUGAGGAGAAGGAAGAAGAUGGUGAAAGGGAGUUGGUAUCCGUUGGAACAUUCAAGUGGCGGAAGGGCCGAGUUAUAAGUGAGUUAACAAGGGUUCACGAGAAAGCACCGAAGAUGGUAAACGUGAAAGUGAGUCCUAAGACUAUUCACCAGCCGAGGUAGAUCCAUUCAAGUAGAUCGUACAUGGGAGGUUUCCUCUAGCCGAAAAUAAUCAUCUUUUAAGUUAAAUCUGCUGUGACCAUUUUUCUUUUCCAUUUUGUAAUAUUUUGUUUUAGAUCUCAGUUUGUCCAUAAUUUGUGCAACUUUCUCCUAGUAAUAGAGGAAUGACCCCCAUCUCAAAGAUA